UUAGUCAGCUGUUCAAAAAACGUAACCACCCAACAACACUGGCGGCAUCAUUAUGCUUGCAGCUCUCAGGACCGGAACCGGACUGGGAAAGGGGUUUGGCUGGCCACUUCUGGGCCCCUCCGGACGCCACCUUAGCUAUGUCCUGGGCAUAGAGACCUCCUGCGACGACACUGGCCUCGCCAUCGUGGACACCGAUGGUCGCGUGCAUGCCAACGUGCUGGAGUCCCAGCAGGAGUUCCACACCCGCUAUGGCGGCAUCAUUCCACCCCGGGCCCAGGACCUGCACCGAGCACGCAUCGAAUCCGCCUACGACCGCUGCUUGGCGGAGGCGCAGCUGCAGCCGGACCAACUCACGGCCAUUGCCGUGACCACGCGUCCCGGGCUGCCGCUUAGCUUGCUGGUUGGAUUGCGCUUCGCCCGGCACUUGGCACGCCGCCUGAAGAAGCCCCUGUUGCCCGUGCAUCAUAUGGAGGCGCACGCACUGCAGGCACGCAUGGAGCAGCCGGCCACCAUUAGCUUUCCGUUUCUCUGCCUUCUGGUGAGCGGCGGACACUGCCAGCUGGUGAUGGUUCGUGGUCCUGGUCGCCUGUCGCUCCUCGGCCAGACGCUGGACGAUGCACCCGGCGAGGCUUUCGACAAGAUCGCCCGCCGCCUGCGGCUACACGUUCUGCCCCAGUAUAGGCUGUGGAAUGGCGGACGGGCCAUCGAGCACGCCGCCCGGCUGGCCAGUCAACCGCUGGCCUACGAGUUUCCUCUGCCGUUGGCCCAGCAGCGCAACUGUCACUUCAGCUUUGCGGGCAUCAAGAACAACUCGUUUCGCGCCAUUAGGGCACGCGAGCGGAUGGAGGAAACGCCUCCGGACGGUGUCAUCAGCAACUAUGGCGACUUUUGUGCCGGAUUGUUGCGCGCCUGCAGCCGCCACCUGAUGCAUCGUACCCAGCGGGCGCUGGAGUACUGCCUGCAGCCGAACGUCCAGUUGUUUGGCGACGCCCCGCCUACGCUGGUCGUAUCCGGCGGUGUGGCCAACAACGAUGCCAUCUAUGCGAACAUGGAGCACCUGGCUAAGCAGUACAACUGCCGCAGCUUCCGACCCGCCAAACGCUACUGCUCCGACAAUGGCGUGAUGAUCGCCUGGCACGGUGUCGAGCAGCUGCUGCAGGCCGGAGAGAGCUGCCUGCGCUUUGACUACGACAGCAUUGAUGUCCAGGGCAGCGCCGGCUUUGCCAAUUCCCUCGAAGCGGAUGUGAACGCCGCCCACAUUAAGUGCAAGUGGGUACAGCCGCUGGACUGAUAUAAGACUUUAACUUGGGUUCCUGGCCCGUCCAUGUCCCCCAUCAAGCAGAAAGGCUGCUGCUGAGGCUUUGGCGACGAUGUGGACAGUAUCUGUAUGGCUUUGGCAUGCCUCGUUAGCUAUUUUCUAUGGCUUUUUGAUUAGAAGAAACGUGUGCUUGAGAUGAAAAGCAUGAUGGUUUGCCAUUCUAUUACUUUAUAGAUGGGAGAUUCUGUAAAUAAAUGUUAAAAUUAAAUCUUGGCAGAUGUUUUUUUUUUCAGAGAAUGCCGGUAUGUAAGCCAAAUUAGUCGUGAGAUGCGACAAUGUCCUGGGAUGGUACCGCCUCUGUUGAUGGGCCUAUUGUAGCAGUUUCUUAAUUUUAACUUACAUAUAUGUGGUCACAGGCCUACCGAUGUCUUAUCAGCUAGGAGAGAGAUCCAAAUCGCAAUUAAUUUCAACCUUUUUCAAAUUUAUUUGCUUUGGCUGACACAACCCCCCACUCGAAAGAGACCCCGAAAGAGGUUUUCGGAUUCAUUUCGUUUUGGAUUUCGUUUUAUUAUAAGAUAUUAUCUGAAAUCAAUAAUGUUAAAUCACUAAGGUCUAGAAAAAAAAUGUAAAAAUUGAUAAUGUAUACAUAUAAAAAUAUUAAAAAAUGCAUUAGUUCGUA